GGAAAGUUGCGCCACAUACAUGGCAGUACCAGUCCAUCUCCCUAGUGUUGUCUCAAUGAUGGAGUCAAAUCCUUGGGAUUGUCGUCUGAGGGAGUGGUGCUAUGAGUUUCCGCGUUAGCGUCUGUUUUACUGGCACGCGAGCGCACCACAAUGCAAGCUCUGCUGCCAACAAACUUGCCCAUGAGGGUUCACAGGUCUAUUCCUACCACGACAUAAAGGCUCCAUGAUUACCCCUCAUUGUGGAGUUGCUCAAUUUUCGGCCGUCUGACUCGUUGCAGAGCCAGACAUUAAUAUCCAUGAUAUUUCUACACUAUGUGCAUCCGUCUUUCGCUUGAACUACGUUGCCGGCUGUCGUAUCAUUUUGACAAUCCGCCCACUCGACCAUGUCUCGCUGAUGUCGUGGUGGCUAAGUACACACUAAUGCCAUUUCUCCAUCCCCCCAUCAACGGCUCCUGCAUGCUGCCCAUGCCAGUGUCACCUACUACCGUUUACUUUGAGAUUCACCAACGGGACGCCUGCUCUCAUCACAGGUUGAAUCGAACAGUUCAGCAAACAGAACACAUUUCCUGCAACCAUCCAGGCGUUUGCAUGUUCUAAAUCCCCUGUAUAGACUUAUCCCGUGCUCAGUAACAAGCGUUGCAUGCCGUUCGCCUGUUUCACUCCGACCCUUGCACCCAAGUGAGACCCAUCACUGGAUUGUCCUCAAAAUGCGAUUCGUGUCAACCAGCAAAGUGUUUAGCUCCUUUGGGAUUUCAAAGAUUGGCAUGUGCAAGCCACAUAUUCAGACAACCGUACACUUCGCGCUGAACUGAACCACAAGCACGCGUUUGUUUUAUUCUGGGUGAUUCUCUUCGUCAUCCCGCCGCCUUAGGCAGAACCCCAGCCUCUACCGCCGCUUCAUGACCAUUGACUGCGCGGCAGUUGAGGUUGUCCAGUGUAUCACUAUACGUAGGGAAUCGUCAAUUACACUGUAAGGGAGUUCGCUGGCUGAUCCUCUGGUUCAGUACUGUCUAGAUGUAUUUCAGGGUACACUAUUCUGGAUUCUGGGAGCGCCAAGGGUGGG